GCAGGGCCGGGCCUGGGCUGGACAGUUGGUGGCGGGCACGACCUGCCACGCCGGUCGAAGCGAAUCCGGGGACAUCGCUCUCACCAUGUCCGCUGCGGAGUCGGCGACGGGGGCUUUGCCCCGAGCCCGGGCUCGGACCCUGGACGCGUUUCCCGCAGAAGCAGAAAGGGAAUGGAAAGGGCCCUUCUACUUCAUCCAAGGUGCCGACCCUCAAUUCGGACUGAUGAAGGCCUGGGCCACAGGCGACUGUGACCAUGGCGGCGACGAGUGGGACCAGGAGAUCCGACUCACCCAACAGGCUGUACAGAUCGUGAACCAGCUGACACCCCGACCCAGGUUCUUCGUGCUGUGUGGUGACCUCGUUCACGCCAUGCCAGGGACGCCGUGGCGGAAGGAGCAGACCGAGGACCUGCAACGGGUGCUGGGGCAGGUGGACACCAAGAUCCCACUGGUGCUGGUCAGUGGCAACCACGACGUGGGCAACAGCCCCACAGCCGAGACCAUCGCCGAGUUCUGCCGCACAUGGGGUGACGACUACUUCAGCUUCUGGGCAGGUGGUGUCCUCUUCCUGGUGCUCAACUCACAGCUCUGGCAUGAUGCCUCACAGUGCCCCGACCUAAAGGAGGCCCAGGACCGGUGGCUGGACCAGCAGCUGGGCCUGGCGCGGGAGCUGCAGUGCCGGCACGCCGUGGUCUUUCAGCACAUUCCACUCUUCCUGCAGAGCAUCAGCGAGGACGAUGAUUAUUUCAACCUGGGCUCGGCCAUCCGCCAGGAGCUGGCCGACAAGUUCACCAGGGCAGGCAUCAAAGCUGUGUUCUCGGGCCACUACCACAGGAACGCAGGGGGCACGUACGGGAACCUCGACAUGGUGGUGUCAUCGGCCAUCGGCUGCCAGCUGGGCAAAGACGCACACGGGCUCCGCGUGGUGGUGGUGACGGCCCAGCGCAUUGUCCACCGCUACUACAGCCUGGACGAGCUGAGCAAGAAGGGCCUGGAGACUGACCUCUUGAAGCUGUUGGAGGGGGAGUGAACCCCACUUUCCUGCCCACAUUCCCCACGCCUUGGUGCCCUGCGGAGUGUAACAUGCCCAGGAGACUCGAUGACUUUCUUUGACCAAGUCACAGCUGAUCCUGCCUAGAGUCAUAUUGAAAAUAUUACCAACUCGCAGCCCUGUCUUUUGCAAAGAGCGGGGAGUAGGGAGGAUGCCUGAAAAUAAAAAGAAUAAAAGCUACUGGCCUUUCCCCACAGGGUGUGUGAAUAAAUUCUCAGGAGGUUUCUGAGA